AUGAAUACUAAUAAGACAAUGCAGGACGAAGUCCAAGAUAGGGUCUUGCAAAGAGCAGAACUGGCACAUUCUAUUUGGAACUUAAGGUUCAACCUUAGUAAAGUUACCAAACGAGUUCACAUGGAAACAAAAGUAUUUCGAGAGAUAAAAAUAAACGAAUCACAGUUGCAAACUGAGCAGCCCAGUUGCCGAAUUUUUCUUCCUGAUUUGGGGGAAGAACAUGUGCCCUUGAUCCAAGGCUUUAAAUGUUUGGAUUCACCGCCCCCCGUUCCACCAAGUUCGUCACAAGGUGAGGACAAAGAGAGCACUGCAGAUUCGCAAUACUAG